AUGGGAAACGAAAAAAGAAAACGUGAUAAAUCGAUCAGUUUGGAUAGUGAAAGUGAUAAAGCACCGCUUUUAUCACCAGAACAACUUGAACAAAUUUCUCGUAAUGUGGUUCAACUUCUUACACCAAUAAUCGAAACAACAAUUAAAACUCUUUUUCAACAAUUAAAUCAGCAAACUAGCAACAGUCAACAAACUUUUGAACUCAAACAGCAAACAUCAAGAUGGGGAUGUCCCCCCAAUCUAAUGCCACCAAAAAUUCAACAAGCUGCUACAACAAUUGAACACCUUCAUCAGCCUAUAUUCGAUGAGAAACUCAAGGAACUUUAUGAAAAGAAGAAAUUCUACGCAGUAAUCGAAAGAUUUCCUGAAUUAGAAAACGAAGAAGAAGACAUUAAAGCUAUAGAAAAAAACGUUCAGAUGGUGGUAAAUGACAAAAAUUUCAAGGAUAUUAAGACUUUCGAAGUAAAAAGGCACGGAAUUAAGAAGAAAAAUAAUUACAACCGCAUCAUCAAAGUAAAAUUUUCGACUCCUUCUGCAGCACAUUCUUUUAUCAAUCAAUAUAGAGCCAUACACCAACCUAAAUUAGGUGGGCAUAGUCCAUUCGCAAGAAGGGACUUGACCCCUCCUGAACUACAACUACAAAACUUCCUUAAACAGCAGGUUAAGGAAAUCAAUCAUAAACAUGGAAAUGGCACUGCAUGUUACCGUAAUCUUAAAAUUUAUUAUAAAAAGAAAGUGAACUUGGACUAG